AUGGCAGACAAGCGACGGCCCGCCGGCCAUAUCCAGCACAACGUGAGGUUUUCUUCCGGCCUGAAGGCUAUCAACAUCCUCUGUCUUCCGACGCAGACACGCAAAUAUUUCAUUAAUUUCUUCCGUACUCAUUGUAUAACGCGCCGAGAGCACUCACUCUCUCAAUCUCUUUCUAUCACUCUCUUACUACCUCGCUUUUUCUCGCUUUCUGUCUUACCCUAUCUCUCUGGUUGCCGCUCUUCCUAUACCUCUCUUUCUAUCGCUUUCGCUUCACUCUAUUUCCAUUUCUCUAUCUCACUGUCUCUUUCUUACCCCCUUUCCAUCACUCUUUCGCUCUCGGAUGCUCUCUCUUUUUCUAUCUCUCUUUCUAUCUCUUUUUCUAUCUCUCUCUCUUUCUUCUUUUCUCUUUCUGUAUCCUUAUCUCUCUAUCCCCCUCUAUUCAUUUCUCACACACAUACACACACACUGAAUCUUUUCCUCUCUUUCCUUUCCUUUCUCUUUCUAUCUACCCGUCUCUCUUUCCUCUGCUGUCUAUCAAUCUUCCUCUCUCUCUCUCUCUUUCUAGCUGUCUCUUUAUAUCUCUUUUUCUGUCUCUUUUUCUAUCUUUCUAUUUAUCUCUUUCCAACAAUUUUUUCUCUCGCAUGCUAUCUAUCUAUCUAUCUAUCUAUCUAUCUAUCUAUCUCCUACUCUCUUUCUAUGCCUCUAUUUCGCACACUCUCUCUAUUUCUUAACUUGUUUCUAUCUCCCACCUUCUUUAUCUCUCUCUCUCUCUCUUUCUUUAUCUCUGUAAUUAUCUGUCGUUCUUUUUCUCUGACUCUCUUCCUCUCCCUCUCUUUCUAUAUAUCUAUCUCUUUCGAACACUUUUUCGCUCGCAUUUUUUAUCUAUCUAUCUAUCUAUCUAUCUAUCUAUCUAUCUAUCUAUAUCCUACCUUCUUCCUAUCUCUCCCUUUCUCUGUCUCUAUUUCCCACUCUCUCUCUCUCUCUCUCUUUCUUAUCCUGUUUCUGUUUUCCUCCUUCUCUCUCUCUCUUUCUCUUUAUCUCUGUAAUUAUGUAUUUCUCUUUCUCUCUGUCAUUUUCAAUCUUUCUUUCUCUCUCUUUCUUUCCACUUCUCUCUCUUCUCCAUUUCUUUCUCUCUCAAUCUUUCUUUCUCUCGCUCUUUUUUCCAUUGCCCUCUCUCUUUCUAUCCCUCUUUCUUUCUUUUUCUUUCUUUCUUUCUUUCUUUUUUUCUUUCACUGCGCACCCCUAGCCGCAACAGUGUGUUCCUAUCUAUCUAUCUAUCUAUCUAUCUAUCAUAGUGCGUCCAUAGCAUCUAUCAUUCUGUCUAUACAUCUUCAUAUCUAUCUAUAUUAA